AUGUCUUCCAACGACCAGGGCACCCCCGAGAAGGGUGACCACCAAUAUUACCAGGAUGAAGAACAGAGGGAACUCGACCAUGCACAGAACUACAGCGCCGCCGAGGACAAGGAUCCUGCACCCCCGCCACCUUAUGAGCAGCAUCAUGCAGGUCAGAGAGGGCCGUCGUACGAGAAUACAUCAUACGCACCACCGCAAGGAAGGCCGUAUACGCUAAACGACCCAGGUCGUGCGACGUAUGGUCAAUAUGCGACUCGCGAUUACGAUCCCUGUCGCGAUGAGAGCUCGUCUGACGCAGGCCCAGACGGUCGGGGGUACAAUCGCCAGUCAUACGACCAGGAACGUCCGUCUACGCACAUGGUGGAACCCACGCGCCCCUCUGGGGACGCCAGAAUAGCCGCUAACUAUUCAGAACUGGGCAGUCAAGCGACAAGCUCGAGUAGCGGCAGUGGCACAAGGAACCUGAUAAACACUCCGCCGCCGUCCUUCCAGCGUGCGCCACCGCCGGGCCUUCCGUACCCGCCUUUUCCUCCCGUCGCGCUCAGGACUGCUGGUAGCGACCUCAGCAAGGGCUUCCCAAAGGUGCCCCCGCCGCCGCCGGGAGGCGAGCCGCAUCCGUUCGCGACGCACGAUGUACACAAGGAGGACUGGACGCGGUUCUUGAAUGACGUGAAGGAGGCUGCGGCGCUGUCGACGACGGACAGGAGCGUGUCGAACGUCGCGCCGCUUGCGUUGGGCGUCAGCUUCGGUAUAGCUGGAAAGAGCGGUGUUGCUGGAGAGCUGAUUGACAGAUGGAACAACCAAUUCUUUCACCCGCGGCACAUGAACGUGGUGCUCGCACAGGGUCCCAUGAGCUACAGCGGGCCUGACGUGCCACCGCCCGAUAUCGGCCAGCACGAGGUUUCGCGCGCGUACCGCAGCCGCGACGACUUGGGGUUGAACAGCGGCUCUGAGUCAAGCAGCAGUAGCUCGAGUUGUAGCUCGGACAACAGCCGGCGUAAGGAGCGUCGUAAGCGCGAGCAUGACAGACGCAAGGAGCACAGGAAGCACACGAAGGACGAGCGCAAGAAGCAGCGGGAGCAAAGGCGAGAGGGGCGGAAGGACGUGAAGCGGCAGCCUUGGCGCUUGGUGGUCGCGUACUACCAGCCUGCAUAUGGUCAACCUGCGGGGGCGUACGGCCAGCAGCGUGGUGUAUACAUGUAG